GUUCCUGGGCGGGGCCUCGAGGCCGGUUUGGAAUUUUUGGCGCGAGCUGGCUCCGCGCGCGUUCACGGGCCGUUCCCAGUCCAGAGAGUCCUCCCCGCCAGCGUGGGGAGCGGUCCACCGAAGACCCCGGCCAGCCUGACCGCUCCGGGGAUCCCCGCUCCCUCAGCAGGCCGGAAUCCGGGACCUCGCUGAGCUGCGUCCCGCCCACCCGCCCCAGGGUUUGCGCCCACGGAGGUGACUCAGCUGUGGCCCUGCCCAGGAGGAACUCACAGUCUAGUGCAGUGGACCGUGCUCAGCAGAUGUGCCCAGCCCAGUGAGAGGGUGAGGCCCCUGAAAGCUGCAGAGGUCGUCGCGGCCUGGCCUCCGCUCAGGACCACCCUGGAUUCACCCGGAGCCCCUGAUCCUUCUACCUCCCCUGUCCCACCCCCAAAGCUGUUUGGCCAUGCCAGGGGUGCUAGAACAGGCUCCUGUGCUGGACAUGCCUGUGCCCACAGAGGGCACCCCGCCGCCCCUGAGUGGCACCCCGGUCCCGGUCCCAGCCUACUUCCGGCACGCAGAACCUGGCUUCUCCCUCAAGAAGCCCGGGGGGCUCAGUCGGAGCCUCCCGCCCCGGCCCCCUGCCAAGGGCAGCAUCCCCAUCAGCCGCCUCUUCCCUCUUCGGACCCCGGGCUGGCACCAGCCUCAGCCCCGGCGAGUGUCGUUCCGAGGCAAAGCCUCUGAGCUCCUGCAGAGCCCUGGGUACAACCCUAAUCGGCCGGAGUCCUUCUUCCAGCAGAGUUUCCACAGGCUUGGCCGCCUGGGCCACGGCUCCUAUGGAGAAGUCUUCAAGGUGCGCUCCAAGGAAGACGGCCGGCUCUACGCGGUGAAGCGCUCCAUGUCCCCAUUCCGGGGCCCCAAGGACCGGGCCCGCAAGCUGGCCGAGGUCUGUGGCCAUGAGAAGGUGGGGCAGCACCCGCGCUGCGUGCGGCUGGAACAGGCCUGGGAGGAGGGCGGCAUCCUGUACCUGCAGACAGAGCUGUGCGGGCCCAGCCUGCAGCAGCACUGCGAGGCCUGGGGUGCCGGCCUGCCCGAGGCCCAGGUCUGGGGCUACCUGAGGGAUGCCCUGCUGGCCCUGGCCCACCUGCAUGGCCAAGGCCUGGUCCACCUUGACGUCAAGCCCGCCAACAUCUUCCUGGGGCCCCGGGGCCGCUGCAAGCUGGGUGACUUUGGGUUGCUGGUGGAGCUGGGUGCAUCCGGAGCCAGCGAGGCCCAGGAGGGAGACCCGCGCUACAUGGCCCCCGAGCUGCUGCAAGGCUCUUACGGGACAGCGGCCGACGUGUUCAGUCUGGGCCUCACCAUCCUGGAAGUGGCGUGCAACAUGGAGCUGCCCCAUGGUGGGGAGGGCUGGCAGCAGCUGCGCCAGGGCUACCUGCCCCCCGAAUUCACUGCUGGCCUGUCUUCUGAGCUGCGGUCUGUCCUCGUCAUGAUGCUGGAACCUGACCCCAAGCUGCGGGCCACAGCUAAGGCCCUGCUGGCCCUGCCCAUGCUCAGGCAGCCGCGGCCCUGGAGCGUCCUGUGGUACAUGGCCGCCGAAGCCCUCAGCCGAGGGUGGGCCCUGUGGCAGGUAAGCUGGCGGAGGUGGCAGCCUGUCCUACUCUGCUCCCUGGCCCCAGGGCCUGCCCAGCCUCCCUCGGCCCCCUGUUCCCCACAGGCCCUGCUCGCCCUGCUCUGCUGGCUCUGGCACGGGCUGGCUCACCCCGCCAGCUGGCUGCAGCCUCCAGGUCCGCCGGCCACCCCGCCUGGCUCACCGCCCUGCAGCCUCCUCCUGGACAGCAGCCUCUCCAGCAACUGGGAUGACGACAGCAUAGGGCCCUCGCUCUCGCCAGAGGCCAUCCUGGCCCGCGCCGCUGGAAGCACGUCCACCCCCCAUGGUGGCUCUCCUGCCCCCCGGAGCAGGUACGCGCUGAGGGAUGCUCUGGACCUAAGUGACAUUGACUCAGAGCCACCUCGGGGCACCUUCCCCUCCUUUGAGCCUCGGAACCUCCUCAGCCUGUUUGAGGACUCACUGGGCCCCAGCUGAGCCCAGAGGCCCAGGCUGGGCACUUUUAACAUUUUAGCCCCUCCCCUCCAUCCUCCUGGAGCCUGGGGUCCCUCUGGGAACUCCAGGGGUCCCUUCUGUCUGGCCACAUCUAAUAAAAGGUAUCUGAAUCUCA